CUCAUUCGGCAAAAAGUAAUGGAAUAUCAUUCACCUCUCGGUGGGUUUCAAUCCCUAAUUUGCAACAAAAACACAAAAACUCAUUCCUCUUUCUCUCGGAUCCUUCGAAAUUUCAUUCACCUCUGUCUCUCGCACUGCUAGUGCUUGGGUUUGGCGGUGGAAAGGUUCCGUAUUUUUCCAAUUUCUCUCUCAAAUUUCGAAGGUUUUUGACUAUGUGUAGGAGCUUGCAAUAAACAUGGACCCGAAUUCCCCUUCUAAGAAGCAAAAAUCCAAUGAAGAUCACGACAUAAUCAGCAACCUUCCCGAUGUCAUUAUUGGUCGCAUUCUUUCUUUUCUUCUGACUAAAGAAGCUGUUAGUACUUGUGUUUUAUCCAAGAGAUGGAUAUAUCUGUGGACAUUCAUCACCAGGCUAGACUUUAAUGAUAGGAAGCUAUACUAUCGCACUAGGAUAAGCAGAACCCACUUUUUAAAUUCUGUGUAUAGAGUACUACUUAACCUUGAUGCUUCAAGCGUCCAAAGUUUCACUCUUUCUCUUACAAAGGAUUACCAUUCUUACCAUAUUAAUCAGUGGAUAUCAGCUAUUUUAAACCGGGGAGUCAAAGAGCUUUUAAUUGAAUCAAACAAAAACCUUGACAUUUCCUCAUAUUCCCUUUGGAAAUCCCAGUCCUUGGAGAAAUUGGUGCUGAAUAUGAAUGGUUGUGCUAUUGGAGUUCCCAGCUUUGUUUGUCUUUCAACUCUCACUGUCCUCAAGUUGACCAGAAUCACGUUUACUUGCCAACCUUCUAAUGACCCCAAAAAUCUGAUCAUCAAGUUGCCAGUUCUUAGAGAAUAUGAGGCAGAAAAUUGCAGUUGGUUAAAUGUAAAGGAUAUCACUUUUGAAGUGCCUCUACUUGAAGUGCUUUCAAUAACUCCUGCAUAUGAAUCUGUUGACUCACACACUAUAAUCAAGUUUUGUGCCCCAUGUCUUACAAGAUUCUCUUAUAGUGGUUAUGUUUCACCAAUAUCAGACACAAUUUUGUUAGACAUAGACCUAUCUAGAGCACGUAUUGCCUCUGCUAAUAUUUAUCCGCGGGAGUAUCUACAGGAGAGUGAGGAAAAUGCGGCGUUUUUAACUUCUCAGCUUCUGAAACAAUUCAAUAAUAACGUGGAAUGUCUGAAGUUUGAGCGAUCUAAGGUUCUUGCACUAGCCCAAGAUGAUCUUCCUGGAUUUGGAAUGUUGACUCGUCUCGAGUUAGGGAAUGUUACUGGUAAAAUUUUGAUGAACUUCCUUCAAAACACACCAUUUUUGAAGACUCUUCUUUUACAGGAACUACUUCAAUUUGAUGCAGAACAUUCGAAUCUUGAAAAUGUGCCUUCUUGUAUUAUAUCUAACCUUGAAGUAUUUAAGUUUGGAAAACUUUAUGACAUUGAACAUGAGCUACGGUUUGCUAAAUUUGUAAUGGAAUAUGCUCGAGUCUUGAAGGUGGCAAGUUUCUCACCCCGUUGGGAUCUGCGCAAGUCUACUUUUGAGAAAGUUAAGAAGAAGAUAUUAUUAUUUAAGAGAAAUGUCAGCUCUGUGAUUAUAGAAUUUCCCCCUAUCUUUAGAUAAAAGUUGGAAACACAUUUUUAGUAAUUUCAAUGUCCUUUCUUGAGUUCUAAAGAACAAAAGGAAGAAAGAAGAAUUUAUUGUUAUAGAAGUAAAAGUAAUUUUGAGUUUUUCUACUUGUAUACAGGGUGGUACUAGGUCUGGAGGUGUCAUGACCCUUUGUCCAAAGUUAGAAAUAGCCUAUUUUAUUUUAUUUAAAAUAUAGUUGUAUAGCAAGUAGAUUGAAAUCAUUGUUUCAUUUCAUGUCAUAUUUUUUAUUCAAAUUAAAA